GGAAUCCCCUACACCUGUUUCUUAUGAUAUCCAGUGCCUGGCACAGAGAAAGGAGUAAAAGGCAGCAUUGACCCCGCGGGCACCUGCUCAGUCCCUUCUCCGCGCCCUCACAGGUGGCGCUGCGUCCCGCGAUGGCCGCGGGAGCCCUCCUGCCGUGCCCAAUGUCCUGGCUGGAAUUGCUCAAGGCCUCGCACUUUGCGCUGGGGCCCGACCCGCGGCUGCACGUGGACGCCAAGCAGUCCGCGUCGCACCGGGACUUUCCCGCCUACCGGAACGUUACCCGUGGGCCGCUGUGCCAGCCGCCGCCCCGCGCGUCCCUCUUCCAGCAGGACGCGCGCUGGGCCGGCCAGGAGCUCCUGUCGGAGACGCACUGCGCGUAUGCUUCCGCGUCACCGCUGCUGUCAAGGGAGCGGGAGCGGGAACUGGCACGGGAGCGCACGCUCGCCAUGCAGGCCAGCAACCUGCACGCGCACGCGGACUCCCGCGCCCGCACCGGCCUCUCCCCCGCGCGCGCCCACCGCGGCAGGCCGGCGCUUCCGGAGCGCGCCAGCGAGCAGAUCCGCGGCGCGCGCCUCAUCUUCGACCGCGACUCGGUGCCGUCCCGCGACCGAGCCAAGCUGCCCAUCCCGCCCAGCGCGCACCAGGAGUUCUUCUCGCUCCACGACAUUUGCCCGAAGCUCCGCGAGCCCUCCUGCCUCUUCGGUGACCCUGCGACCUUAGUAUGGGAGCACAGGAGACAGGAUGACAGCACCUCCUACCAGAGACAGUUCCAGGCCCUUCCAGGCCCACUUGCCUUGACGUGUAAGAGGGCCUCCUCCAGCAUAGAACUGGGAGACUUCAAGAUUGGCUAUGGGCCCAUGUGUGCAGAGCAGAAACAAGCCUACAGGCCCCAGGUUCUGCCCCCAGACAGGUAUGACAAGGCCCAGGCCUCAGCCCACAUCCACUGUGUGAAUAUUCGACCUGGAGAUGGCCUCUUCCACGACAGGACCACCAAGGGUGAACACUUCUGUGCCCGGGAGCCAGAGCCUUUUGUUCUUCACCACGACCUGACUCCGGAGUCGCACAUCCUGGAAGGAAAUGGGUGCCCUGGUCCGGGCAGCCUCACCACCUCCACGCACUUCUUCCACGGCCAGCCGCUGCCCGCGACCAAGCCACCCAGCCGCCACAUGCCUCAUGAGAAAUUGCAGAGUCAUAUAACCCUAGGGGAGCCGUCGCUGCUCGGACAGUUCUUCCAGACCUCCAUGGGCACAGACUAUUUACCCCCUGGGAUGCAGAAGCCGCCGAAAGCGCUCAACCUCCGCUUGCUGCAGAGCAACCUGCCCCAGGGCACAGGCGAAACAGAUUUUUUAACCGUGAACCAGAAGAUGUUGAAGCCACACAGAAUAGCUCCAGCCUCCAUGACUGAGGAGAUGCUACCGUGGUGCAAGUAUAGCCACUCGGAGCCCCCGCUGGGUAGACAGCGCUUCUUCUCAACCCUAAACAAGGAUGAGUUUGCUUUCAAGUACCAGGGCCCAGGAGUGCUGAGAUGGGACGACCUCCAGGAGAGUCAUGUGCCCCUGGGCUCCCCUCGCCAGUGGGGCUGUGGGGCUGGGAAGGUGGACCCUCGGGCCCCCCAGACCCCUACCUACCCAUGCCGCAGCCAACAAUAAACACCACUUUGGCAACAUCCCACCACUUUCCAUCAGUCAGCCAUGAAAGAGGAUAGGGUGCCUGUGGGGUUGGUGAGAGAACGUACGGGAGACAAUGACUCCAUGGAGAAGCCCUGAAUUUCCGCAGACCCUGGGUGUCAUCCCACUCUGGGCAGGGAGGCCAUCUCAGUUUGUGCAAAAGCUUGGUGGUCUGACGAUUGUAAGGUGUUCAGGUGAUACCACAAGUUCUUUCUUUCUUUCUUUUAUUCUUUUUUUUUUUUUUUGGCUGUGCCACAGGGCUUGGGGGAUCUUACUUCCUCAACCAGGGAUUGAACCCAGGUCCAUGUCAGUGAAAGCGCCGAGUCUUAACCACUGGACCGCUAGGGAAUUCUCGCUGCCAAAAGUUCUGAAUGGUGUGGGAGGAUGGAGUUACAGUGUUGAAUGGAGGCAGCGUGGUGAGAGGUUGAGAAUGUAGGCUCCUGGGGCUGCGUGGACAGAGUGCAAAUCCUGACUCCUCCCUGUCCUGGAAAGUAGUCCUGGGCAAGUCAUUUGACCCCUCUGAGCCUCUAUUUGCUCAUCUGUAAAAUGGAGAUAAACAAUAGCUCUCUCUCAUUAGAUUGUUGUAAAUGAGAAAUGUACACACUGGUUAGUGUGCGUGGCUGGGGAUCAAGAAGGGAGAGCUUCCUUUCCAAGGAUGAAGGUAAGGAGGGUGUAGGAUGGAGCUCAAUCAUUGAGAGACUGGGUGAGGCUCAGAGGGGGCAUGAAAGGGUGGACAUGCUGAGAAUGGCCCAGCAAUGUCCCCUAUUGUGAGCAGAGGCUGGAAGCUGAAUGGUUGGUGCACUGGCUGGCUGGGCAGCUGGCGCCCAGAUCACAACUGGGUCCAGGGGCACAUCAACAAAAGUCAUCAGCAUGUGAUCAGGCCCAAGGGGGUAGGUGUUCAGCCAGAGACAGAAUGAAAAGGGUGGAAAGGAGGAGUAUGGGGUGGAGACUUGAAGCUGGUAAGUAUGUCAAGGACAUCAAGUAUGUCAAGGACUAGUACCUUGGACAGCACCCCACCUUGAAAGUCUUGGGGUCUGAUGAAUCACCACCAAGAAGCCAGAUCUGUCUGGGACGAUAAGAUGGGCCUUGGUGGCCGUGCCUGGGCCCUGCCUCUGCAGGCUGUUGAGAAUCCGGUUUCAGGGAAUGAACACGGUUCCCUGACCCUGUAGACAGACCUUUAAAGACCAAGGCCCCCAAUCCAAUGGGCCACUAAGAGCCAACCUCAAGCCUGGCCAGGAGACCUUUCCCCAUGGGCAGCAAUCCUGUGAGACCAGCUUGUCACUUCCACAGGAAGGAGAGGAGUCCAGUUUGGGGUCCCACGGGGACAAGAUGGACCUUUCGGCUGCAGUCAUGGUAUCCAUGUCGACCAUGAGAGGGUCUGCUAGAGGCAGAACACCUCUUCUGCUUGCUUCCACUAAUGAUGUAGAUGACACUCGUCUGAAUUGCCUCAUGAUAAAACAAGCUUUCUCAGUCUCGGCACUAUUGACAUUCUGGAUAGGAUCAUUCUUUGCGGUUGGAGGCUGUCUUGUGCAUUGUAGGGUGCUUGGCAUCGUCCCUGAACUCUACCCACUCCAUGCCAGUAGCACAUUCCUUCUCCCCCGCCCAGUUGUGACAGCCAAAAUUGUCUCCAGACAUUGCCAAAUGUCCCUUGGGGGGAAAAGUCGCCCCUGGUUGAGAACCACUGCAAUAAACCCAUCCUACAAUGAUUCCUAGGAUAAAAUUAGGCUCUCCUGGUAAAGCCGGUCUGCUUGUUGACCAGACUACAUGUACAAAAAGCUUUCCCUUUUUGCCUUGCCUGCCAGGAAGCUCAGAAAGCUUGCUUUGAUUCCAUGUAGCUCCAGUUGCAGGAUUAUGUGUACUCCUGCCUGGUUCUAGGAAUGGUUUCAACUACCGAGACAUCAGAUGAGAAAUAAUGGGUAGGAGUUACAAGGAAGCAGAUUUCAGCACAACUUGAAGCAUUUUCUAACAAUGGAACUGACCAGCCCCCGGAUGGGUUGCCAGGAAAAAACAGAAACUUUACUCAAGAUGUCUUCAGUACAGAAAGACACUACAUUAUGAUGAUUCUGGAUGUAUUCUAUGGAUUUAUGUCUAUCCCUCCUAUAUCCCACUUACCCCCCAGAAAAGGCAUUUCAUACGAACUACAAAAACUAAAAAGACUUAUGAAAUAAGAUGAGUAAAAUAGUAUUGAACAUGGGAAAACAGAUUAAAUUUUAAAGGAAAACAUUUUGUCGAUGGUAAUCAUUGCUAAGCAGCAGACUUGUCUUUUUCUGUCCCUAGGCAAAUGAUUUCAUGCUCUGACCCUCACUUUCCUCAUCUGUAAAAUGGGGAUGGCAACAGUUCCUCCUUCAUGGGGUGGUUACAAGGAGUAAAUAAAAUG